AUGGAUCAUGGACCCGCCAAACAGCCAAAUGAUCUCAAAAACACUAUCAAUAUGGAUGAGGACUUAUUCGACGAUUCUAUCUUGGAAAUUUUUGAAGAUUCUGAUUUUGAAGAAACAGCAGAACAAACGAAACAUGAAAAAAAUAAUACCUUAAAUAAAAAUUUACUUAAUGUUAGUGCACUGUGUUGUGAUGAAGAACUCAAUGGAUAUGAUAAAUUGUCAGGAAAGACAUGGAUCUAUCCAACAAACUACCCCAUCAGAGAUUAUCAAUUCAAUAUUAUAAAGGCAGCUAUGGUUGAAAAUUGUCUGGUAAGUCUGCCCACUGGAUUGGGGAAGACAUUUAUAGCAGCUGUGAUUAUGUAUAAUUUUUACCGAUGGUAUCCAUUAGGUAAGAUUAUAUUCAUGGCGCCCACAAAACCCUUAGUGGCCCAACAGAUUGAAGCCUGCUACAAUAUUGUUGCUAUGCCUCCUAAAGAUACCAUUGAAAUGACAGGCAAGUGA